UCUCUCACCAUGUCCGCCGGCGGCCGCCUCCUCCGUCCACUGACCACCCCUCUGCGCUUCCGCGCACCCUUCCUGGCGCGCCCAUCCUCCUCCUCCUCCCAUGCGCAGCCGGUCCGCGACCCCGCGCAUCCGCAUCUCUACUACCACGCGCACGCGAAACACACCGCGCUCUCUUUCCUCCCCACGCCACCGCCGAGCCACUCCUCCACGGCGCUCGGCACGCUGCCCGCCACGCCCGACGCGACGCUCGAGGACUUUCGCGAAAAUCCGCGCUUCCGCGCCGUCCUGCACGCCGCCAUCAAGGACGGGCUGGAGCGCGGCGUCGACCCGCGCAUCGCGUAUGAGGCUGAGAUGCGGCCGGGCGACGGGUAUAUGACGCUCACUGACGAGCGUGCUGUGCCGCCCCAAGGCCGGAUCGGGGAGACCGAGGACCUCAUCGGGAGCGUGUUCGUGCAGGACGGCAAGAUUGUUGCGUCGACGUACGAGGCGCUGCCGAGCUAUCGCCUCGUCACGCCCAACGGUGUGCUCAUCCUCCCCGAGGGUUUGGACAAGCACGUCCUUGCCUACCUUGAAAAGGUGGACGCCGAGGAGCGCGGCGAGUAGACGACAGGUCGCGAUCCGAUGUGUUCCCAUCUGCAUUAUACCUUCACCAGUC